CGGCCGCCUAUAUAGCGAGCCGGGGCACCGCGAUUCACGGGCAGACCAGUCAGUGUGGUAUUGCAAGCUCUCUCUCUCUCUCUCUCCCUCCUCCUCCCUCUCUCCCCCAUCUCUCUCCAUCUCUCUCUGUGUAUGUGUUGUCAUCAAGAGACAAGAAGACUGAAAUACAAUGGGUUUGUCUCUGUGUACAUCCCCUCUGUGACUACAGCCUGCUCCACCUGCUGCUUGUGGGGCUCUCUCGGUUUUGUUGUUGUUGCAAGGAUUUGCCUUGGCGGAUUUUGCUCCUGUCUUCUCCUCAGGAUUAUAAAAAAAACACAUCACACUACAGCAACAACCACCCCCGUCCGCCUCCCUCGCACAUUCCCCCCCCCCCCCCCCCCUUCCCCAGCCUGGAGAGGACAGCAGCAGGGAUCUCUCUUCUACCUCAGUCUCGAUAUGGGCAUGUGUUUAUAGAUCCCUCGAUGUGAUCUGGGACUGUGUGAUUUUUAUUUUGCUGGAGAAGGGGAUCGCCAGUCAGCCAGCUCUCUGCGCUCUGCUAUGACCGGGAAGCUAGUGGAGAAGACCAUGAGCAGUCUGCUAAACACCCUGCAGGAUACUAUCUACCCCGAGGAUGAGAUCGUGUCCGCCGCGCCAACUUCCAUGAACAUUUUUAACUCGGACGCCGGCGGCGCGUACGGCCAGAUGAGUGCAGACGGACUGAUGGACGUGGCGAUGGACAAAGGGAGUCAGGAGCUUUCCUACCCUCACACCUUCCAGCACCCGAGCCGGGGCCAGGGGCUCACCUACUUGGGCAAGUUUGCUUUCGACUCUCCGCCCGGCGGCCCGCUGGGCGGCUCGAACUGGUGCCCGGAGAACAUCAUUAACCUGGCGGGCAUUUUCGGGGUGUCACACUCGCCGGUGAGCAGCAGUGGCGCCGGCGGCAGUAACACGCAGGGGCCCGGGGCAUGCCCGUUGCUGCCGCCGGCUCAGGGAGACUUGGAGCCGCUGUAUGAGGCUCAGCAGCAGCAGCAGCAAGCGGGCAGCUCGUUCCCACAGUGCGGGGAGAUGUACCCAGAGGCGGUGUACCACCCUCAGGGUAACCCGGUGAGCAGCGGCAGCAACAGCAGUAGCAGCAGUACGACUUCGGUGAACCUGUACUCCGCUCAGGACUGCCACAGCAAGGAGAGUGGCGGGAGCAGCAACCUGUUCUCUGUUAUCCCGGAUUAUAACCUGUUCCAGCAACACCACCAUCACCACCAUCACCACCAGCACCACCAGCACCACCAUCCUCACCACCACCACCAGCAGCACCAGGAGCUGCACAACCUCCCAGCUGCUGUGGAACCCAUCCGGAUCCCCCCACCUCUCACCCCCCUCACCACUAUCAAGGCGUACACUGACUCCAAGCAGCUGCCCAGCAGCUACAGCCCCCACCCAGGACCCCCGCCUCCGCUCAGCCUGAAACCCAUCCGGCCCAGGAAGUACCCGAACCGGCCGAGCAAGACCCCGGUCCACGAGAGGCCUCACGCGUGUCCGGCGGAGGGCUGUGACCGCCGCUUCUCUCGCUCGGACGAGCUGACCCGGCACUUGCGCAUCCACACCGGCCACAAGCCGUUCCAGUGCCGAAUCUGUAUGAGGAGCUUCAGCCGCAGUGACCACUUGACCACCCACAUCCGCACCCACACCGGUGAGAAACCUUUCUCGUGUGACUUCUGCGGCCGCAAGUUCGCGCGGAGCGACGAGCGCAAGAGACACGCCAAGAUCCACCUGAAACAGAAGGAGAAAAGGCUGGAGAAGACAGCAGCAGCAGCAGCAGCACCGGGGGUGGGGGUCGGGGGCUCUGUAACCACUACCCCUCCUGUCCCUCCCCACACUCCAGUCUCCAGCUGUGCCUAAGGACAGACCCGUCAUAGCACAGCUUCAAGGCACUGCGCUGGGUUUGGGGGCGGGGGAGGGGGGGGGAGAUCUCUGUGCAUCCCCAUCCAACCCAACCCUUCCCCCCUCUCUCCCCUUCCC